UUUUUUCCCUUGUUCUUUUUUUUUUUCUUUCUUUUCUAAUUACAUUAACCAUGGCAACAAAGAGAAACGUGACUGCUGAUCCAGCAGCAGCAGCAGCAACAGUGAAGCCAGUGAUUGAUGAAGCUAUUGAAAGAAACUGGGAGAUCCCCAAUUUCACUAUCAAGGAAAUCCGUGAUGCUAUUCCUGCUCAUUGUUUCCGUCGUGAUACCUUCCGAUCCUUCACACAUGUACUUCAUGAUGCUAUUAUCAUGGGUAUUUUAGCAGGUUUAGCUAGCUAUAUUGAUACCAUUCCUAACGUGUAUGCUCGUGUGGUGUUAUGGCCUUUAUACUGGAUUGCCCAAGGUGUGGUUGGUACAGGUGUGUGGGUCAUUGGUCAUGAAUGUGGUCAUCAAGCCUUCAGUCCUUCCAAGGCCAUUAACAAUGGUGUUGGUUAUGUUCUUCAUACGCUUUUGCUUGUACCUUAUCACUCUUGGAGAUUUUCUCAUUCUAGACAUCAUAAAGCCACAGGUCACAUGACCAAGGAUCAAGUCUUUCUCCCCACCCUUCGUUCUAAGGCCGGUCUCCCCCCUCGUGAGCAAGAUCCUGUGGCUGAUGGACCCCAUGAGGCACUUGAUGAAGCACCUAUUAUUGUUCUUUACCGUAUGUUUUUAAUGUUUGUGUUUGGAUGGCCUCUUUAUCUUUUCACCAAUGUCACUGGUCAAGAUUACCCUGGUUGGGCCUCUCAUUUCAACCCUUCUUGUGAGAUUUAUGAAGAAGGUCAAUUCUGGGAUAUUGUGAGUUCAACUGUAGGUGUACUUGGUAUGAUGGGUGUCUUGGGUUACUGUGGUCAACUCUAUGGCUCUCUUGCUGUGAUUAAAUACUAUGUUAUUCCUUACUUGAACGUCAACGCCUGGUUAGUCUUGAUUACCUAUUUGCAACAUACCGAUCCCAAGUUACCUCAUUACCGUGAUAAUGUCUGGAAUUUCCAACGUGGUGCUGCCUUGACCGUGGAUCGUUCUUAUGGUUUCAUUCUUGAUUAUUUCCAUCAUCAUAUCUCGGAUACUCAUGUUGCUCAUCAUUUCUUCUCCACGAUGCCUCAUUAUCAUGCUGAAGAAGCUACCAUGCAUAUCAAGAAGGCACUCGGUAAACACUAUCAAUGUGAUAAUACACCUAUUCCUGUCGCUCUUUGGAGAGUUUGGAAGGCAUGUCGUUUUGUUGAGGAUGACGGAGAUGUUGUCUUCUUCAAGAACUAAAUAAUAUCGUUUUUUUAUAUUAUUAUUAUAUAUUUUUUUUUUUUACCCUAUCUAUCUAAACAAAAAAAAAAAACCCCCCAUGUAAAUUUUUAAAUAAAAUCUAUUCAUUACUAUCAGAAAAACUAAAA